CCCCUCUUUCCGGUGGGAAAAUCUUGAGGAGAAAAACAUUUUUUUUAAACAUUGAGACGUUUGAGGAUGGAGAAAUGGAUGAGAUAAGAAGAAAGAUGACAUCCAGAAUAAACACCAGCUUCACCUUGAUCCCCAGCCAGAAAUAUAGACGAAGUAGUCGUCAAUUCAGCUAUCUUUCCAAAGCCUUUGACUCCAAUUCUCACUUAUCAACCCUUGGAUAUUUCAAAGCCUUACCACUGGAAAUAUUUCAAAUAAUCUUAAGAUAUCUGUCAGUGAAAGAUAUCAGCAUGCUAAGCAUGGUGUCUAAAACUGUCAGCCAAUACAUUAUUAAUUAUAUCUCAAGCUCAUCAGGAAGCAAAAGAUUUUUACUGCAAGACUUCCAUAAACUUGAGCUGUCUGACAGAAGCCAAGACUCUGCUAUACUGGAACACUACAAAUCUCUAGGUCUACUAUUUAAAAGAUGCACAUUGCUGCUACCCACAAAGGAAAGACUAAAGUACAUUCACAAGAUACUUGCAGAAGUUUCAUGUUUUAAAUUCAGUGGCUGUGCAGUUCCUUUACAAUGUGUAGGAUUACCAUGUUAUGGCCUGUUUUUACAGGCCUUAACAGCAGGUUGGGAUGAGCUCGAGUGUCAUCGUGUUUAUAACUUCUUAAGUGAACUGACCAAUCUCUCACGCAAGAUACAGACUGUUGUCUACAGCAAACCAGGGAGCGCCAGGAAAUUGGAGUUAAGGAUCAGGCUAUUCUGUAGGAAUGUCCUGCUUGAUCAUUGGACAUAUCGAAGUGACUCUGCUUUUUGGUUGACUCGUAUAUUAAAGCCAUGGCCUAUGGUGAAUCAGGCGAGGUUACUGUAUAUUAUCUUCGGGCCAAUAUCUCCUCAAGAUGGACAGGUGGUUUGGCAGAAAAUGAUAGAAGGACGUACAGAUGAAUCCAGUCUAAAAGACUUAGCCGAUGCUAUUAGGCUACUGUAUGACACAGACACUAAAGAGUGGACAGCAGAUGAUGUCAUCAGUCUUAUAGAUGAAUUAUCAGUGAUUCCCCGUGAGUGGCUUCUAGAGAAUAAUGCCCGUCUACUAAUCCUAAGUGGGAACAGCAUCUGUUUCACUUUCAUGGCUAGCAAAGCUGUGAAUGGACGAGUCUUCGAACUAGCAAAGCUGAUAGUCUUUAUUGCUUUGGUAUGCGAGAAAGAAUUAUACUGCAUGGACUGGGCAGUUAAAAUGAUGCAGAGAGUCUGUAGAGUCUUUAGCACUCCAGUAGAAAGGAAUAACUUCCUGCAGAGUGUGGCAAACGCGUUUGCAUGUAUUAUAAUGGAAAUGUUGCAGUCAGUUCUGUCUGGUUAAUUGCUCACCUUUGGAGCCUAGAGCAAGUGUGGGUGCCUGACAAACAGUGGAAUGGGAAGAUGAAAACAACGGCGGUUACUCUCUUCAUCUGGUGGGAUUGAAGAGCUAGCCUCUUUCUGUGAAGAGCACUCAUUGCAGUUGCAUGGGGUUUUGUGCCGAUGAAUACUGAAAAGUGUGAAAGACAAAGCUGCUAUCAAAACCUCUUUGGUUAUUGGACACCUUACUAACAAAGUGACUUCUUUAGCAAUUUCACUGGCAAAUAGUUAUGAAACCUGUAAAGAUUGAAGAUAUUUUUUACAUUGCUCCUUGCUUUAUUGGGACUUCACUAAGAUUGGAAAGAUGACCUGAAUAAACACAGAUCUGCUUUUCCAUCAAGAAAGCAAAUAUAACUACAAAAAUGCAUCAAGUAACAGGAGUCUUUAUAAGCAAAUUGUUUAGCCCUUAAAGGGCUCUUUACAAAAAAAAAAAGUUAAUACUUGUAGACAUUCUGAGAUCACUACUUUCUUAAAAGUUCAUAAAACUGGAAAAUGUGCAUUGUUAUUUAUAAAGUUUUAUAUUUGUGGAAAAAUACAUAAGUUGAUGUUUUUGAUGCCUAAAUAUUUGCUACUUGCUAUUUACAUUUACUUGUAUUAAUAAAAUUAAAAGGAGACAUAUUUCCAGCGUGUCCAGAGUUUGCCAUGAAAAUCAUUGA